GGGGGGGCGCAGUUUAAAUAGCACUCAACAAUGAGAAGAAAAGAGGUUUUGAGUAGAAUAUUGUAAAAAACAAAGCUUUAUUUCAAGAACACAGCGUGCUCAACACUGUCCAAUAACAACUAUCAACACACUGUAACUUUGGGCAUGAGAGGUUCAGAGCAGCUUUAAGGAACAUUGGGUUGGGUUUCAGAGGUUUGCAAAAUAAAAGAGUUUCACCCUCACAUGAAAGAGGUUCAGAGCAGAAUAGAGUCAGAAAGAGAUCGCAUGUUACAUUGGGUGUUUGCCAGAGUAGAGCCACUACUGUAAAGACAAGUAGCCUCCUUUCUUUAAAGUGGUCAAACUUCUCCAUAACUCUGGUUAAAGUCAAUCAUGUCUGUAACCAGCCUGUUUCCAUUAUUCUGGAGGGAAUGUGUCUGUUUUUCAGAACUUCUUCGUUGUGUUUUCGAUGCCAGUUCGGUCUCCUUCUGCUGCUCUGCAAACAGGGUUAGCUUCAUGCUGUUAGCUAGUUAGCUCCAUGCUCUUAGCUAGAUAACUGCAGCAAGAUUCGUGCUUUACACUUGUCUGAAGCUCUUUAGAUCCCUCACCCCGCUGUAGUCCAGAGAGUUUCAGUCCCAGGACUUUGGAACAACAGACAGGGGAAACUAAACAGCGCAUUACUCACUGAGCCUCCAGCUAACAGCUCCGUUAGCAGCCUGCUCCCGUAGCUCCGUGGAGCUCUCUGGCUGAGGGAACGAUACCGGUCUCUGAUCUACCGAAUAGUCCAGUCACGUGAAAUAAGAAACAAUGUCAUUGGCCAAUGAGCGCAUAUUUUUGUGCCCCAAGAUUCACGUUUCAAUGCCAAUGAGAAGCCGCCUUGCCGAAACGACUGUGAAAUGUUUGCUCGCUGCCGCACACACACGUUGGGCCGGUGUCCCGUAAAGGGGGCGGGGCUUCUCUCCGUGAUAAUGAGUGGCGAUAUAUUAUAUUUUUUCACAUUAACUUAACCCUCCUGUUGCCUUCGGGUCAUUUUGACCCGAUUAAAUAUUUAACCCUCCCCCGCCUUUGGGUCAUUUUGACCCGAUUCAAUGUUUCACCCUCCUGUUACCUUUAUAUUUACUAACAUAUUUUACCCUUUGGGUUCAAUUUGACGCCAGCAAUUAAAACCUCCAGAAAAUUAUUAGAAUUAAUAUUGUUUUCCUAGUUUAAGUGUGAGGCACUUUAUGUUUGUUUGUUGACUACCGAAAGAACACCGACAUUAAACAUUGAAUGGGGUCAAAUUAAUCCGAAGGCGGCAAGAGGGUGUAAUAUUGAUUCGGGUCAAAUUGACACGAAGGCAACACAAGGGUUAAGUGGUUGUUGACAGGCUGACGGUCUCCCACACACAUUUAGCGCGUCAACAAGCUAAUUUCUUUGAGUGCUUUUUUUAAUCAAGUAUGAUACUGGAGUUUAUAUCAUGAUGUAUAACACUGUGUAGCUGCGAGAACAUUUUUAGAAAACAAAUAUUACUGUUGCAUUACAGCUAGAACGACCAUGGGUUUAGUUGUUAAACUCAAUUUGGCUUAAAGAUAUAUGAGCAAAACCACCUACUACGAUGCUCUUGGAUUUUAUCAAAAUGAAUAAAUAAUUGAAAACAAGUUAUCUGCUCAGUGCUCGCGGAACAGCUGGCUACACUUUGAUCCUUGACAUUUAAAACAGUUAUUAUCUACAAUUGUUGCGAUACAUUUAGUCUUAUUCUGAAAUCCCCGGUUGGGACCCUAACCCGCCACUCGGUUUCCCUGGUGACGCAUUUGUCGGAACCUUUUUACUUCACUGUGUAGUACUAUCCAUCCUCCGCCAUAAGUAACUGACCCGCAUUCUUCCGACGAGAGACUGUGCUUCGUGUCGUGAACAGCGGGCUGAUCGAGCACGAUGAUCGAGCAACCAGAGACGGCGGUUCCGGGCAUCGCCAGGAACCUGGAAGGCUAUGUGGGCUUCGCCAACCUCCCCAACCAGGUGUAUCGGAAGUUGGUCAAAAGAGGGUUCGAGUUCAAGUUGAUGGUUGUCGGUGAAUCCGGUCUGGGGAAGUCGACCCUCAUCAACUCUCUGUUCCUGACUGACCUGGACUCCAAGGACUACCCCGGGCCCUCCCAGAGCAUCAAGAAGACCGUGCAGGUGAGUCUGAAGCCGCUGGACAUCGAGUUCAUGAAGCGACUCCACGAUAAGGUGAACAUCAUCCCUCUGAUCGCUAAGGCCGACACGCUGACCCCCGAGGAGUGCCAGCUUCUGAAGCCGCUGGACAUCGAGUUCAUGAAGCGACUCCACGAUAAGGUGAACAUCAUCCCUCUGAUCGCUAAGGCCGACACGCUGACCCCCGAGGAGUGCCAGCUUCUGAAGCCGCUGGACAUCGAGUUCAUGAAGCGACUCCACGAUAAGGUGAACAUCAUCCCUCUGAUCGCUAAGGCCGACACGCUGACCCCCGAGGAGUGCCAGCUUCUGAAGCCGCUGGACAUCGAGUUCAUGAAGCGACUCCACGAUAAGGUGAACAUCAUCCCUCUGAUCGCUAAGGCCGACACGCUGACCCCCGAGGAGUGCCAGCUGUUUAAAAAACAGAUCAUGAAAGACAUUCAGAAACAACAAAUUAAGAUCUACGACUUCCCCGACACGGAGGACGACGAGCACAACAAGCUCAUCCGCAGGAUCAAGGAGAAGAUGCCGCUGGCCGUCGUCGGCAUCAACGUGGUGAUCGAGGUGAACGGUAAGAAGGUCAGAGGUUGCCAGUACCCGUGGGGCGUGGCGGAAGGUAGGCUCACCCGGGUCCACUGCAGUGAUGAGGUGUGAUGAGGUACCUCGAUCAGAGAGACACGGGGUCACAGGGUCACCUCCAUCGGGACGCACGCUGCCCCUCCCCCUCCCCCGUAUCCACUGCAUGUAUUCACGACCAGGUCUCAGCGUGUCACUAGCCGCCUGUUUCCUGUUCACUAGCCGCCUGUUUCCUGUUCACUAGCUGCCUGUUUCCUGUUCACUAGCUUCCUGUUUCCUGUUCAAUAGCUUCCUGCUUCCUGUUCACUAGCCUCCUGUUUCCUGUUCACUAGCUUCCUGCUUCCUGUUCACUAGCCUCCUGUUUCCUGUUCACUAGCUUCCUGCUUCCUGUUCACUAGCUGCGCACACGCGUGUAGAAACGGGCCGUGUCUAAUUCUGACCUCUACCUGGAAGAGAAGAGAUCUUAGAAGACGGCCAACAGAAUAAUACACAACGUGUCUCUGGUUUGUCUGCAGGACGAUGGAGAAGAACAAGAAGAAGUAACAAAUAACAACCACAUAGACAAUGAGGAGCUUACAGUCACCGUUUUCUCCUACAUCCGCAAAUGCACAGAUGAUGUGACCCACACAAAGACCAUCAUCACUCGGGCUAACAAGAAGCCAUGGCUGACAGGAGCUGUCCAUCGGCUGCUGAGGGUCAGAGACAAAGCCUUCAGAGCCGGGGAUAGAAUUGGUCUGAGAACAGCUAGAGCCAGCCUGUCCCGUGGCAUCAGAAAAGCAAAACAGGACUACACAAAAAAGAUAACCAGCCACUUCAAGGACAGCAGACACGCGCAGCCUGUGGCAGGGCAUCCAGACCAUAACGGAUUACAAGCCUGCAUCACAGACCUGCGACGACAACAUCUCUCUGCUCAACGACCUAAACAGCUUCUUUGCACGGUUUGAAGCAACAAAUAACACAAACCCACAGAAGACUCCCCCCCCACGACCAGGCUCUGUGCCUGUCUGCUGAAAGGGUGAAGAGGGCACUCUCCACUAUCAACCCCCGCAAAGCAACAGGCCCAGACAACAUUCCAGGCCGUGUACUGAGGGACUGCGCAGAGGAGCUUAAGGAUAUCUUCACGGAUAUCUUCAACACUUCUCUGAGUCAAGCUGCUGUUCCAUCACACUUCAAGACCUCCAUCAUCAUACCUGUGCCAAAGAAACCGGCUCCAUCCUGCUUCAAUGACUAUCGCCCUGUGGCACUGACCCCCAUCAUUAUGAAGUGCUUUGAACGGCUCGUCAUGUCUCACAUCAAGUCCAUCCUCCCCCCCACCCUGGACCCCUUUCAGUUCGCAUCCCGGGCCAAACGGUCCACAGGACGCAAUCUGCUCUCCACCCAGCCCUCACCCACCUGGAAAAAGCAGACUCACAUGUGAGAAUGCUUUUCAUAGACUUUAGUUCAGCUUUUAACACCAUAAUCCCACAACAACUCAUUUGUAAACUGGACCAGCUGGGGCUCAACACCUCCCUUUGCAAUUGAAUUCUGGACUUCCUCAGUGAGAGGCCACAAGCGGUACGAGUCGGCAACAACACCUCGAGCAGCAUCACACUCAGCACAGGGGCCCCACAAGGCUGUGUGCUCGGUCCCCUGCUCUUCACCCUGCUGACUCACGACUGCACAACAACCUACAGCAGCAAUCACAUGGUGAAGUUUGUGGACGACACAACUCUGGUGGGUCUCAUCACCAAGAACGAUGAGACCCACUACAGGAAGGAGGUCAACCUUUUGACCACGUGGUGCAGAGACAACAACCUCUUGCUGAAUGUCAUCAAAACAAAGGAGAUUGUGGUUGACUUCAGGAAAAGCCACACUGUACACCCACCACUGACCAUCGAUGGUGCUGCUGUGGAGCGAGUGAGCAGCACCAAAUUCCUGGGGGUGCACAUCAGUGAGGACCUCUCCUGGGCAACCAACUCUGCAUCACUGACGAAGAAAGCCCAGCAGCGCCUCU